AUGGGGGUAUUCCUUCUUCCCAACAUCAAGUUGCAAUCUUUCUUCAAGGCUUUAGAAUUAGGGUUUUCGUCUGUUAAUAUUCAACUGAGGAUCAUUGGAUUUGCAAGUCAAGGCUAUUUUCCGUAUUCCCAUAUUCAUUCUCCAGAUUUCCUCAAGGAUUUGUUGAUUGUUAAGACCAUGUUGAACCAUAAUACAAGGCCUAGGUUCGGGAAGCAACUUCCGAUAGGUUUGAUGUUGGGAUCUUCGAGUGUCAUCAAGCGUCAAAGGUUUACGAAUCCAUGGUUAAUUCGAAUGAGAGUUGAGUUUGCGAGCGAUGAUGGAAUAGAAGAAGGAGAAAUGACGGUAGGGCCACCGUUUGUGAAACUGAUGUGA